AACCAUCUACUAAUAAAAGGCACUGGGGGGUAAAGUCUCAACGAUUCCUUGAUGCAGCGAUCCAAGAGGAAAUUCGGCAACCUCUCGAGAUUGUGGUUAAAUAGUUGGUGAAGAGAAGAGAGGUGGCCCUCCCGCGGACCAGUUGGCUGUUGUAACUCCGCGGCGACACAGCGCGCGGCAAGAUGGCGUUCCGUACUGUUAUUGCCUUGUUUACACUCUACCAAUUGAGUCAAGCGCACUACACUAAAUUCCCGGAAGGUUUUACAUUCGGUGUAGCGACGGCUUCGCAUCAGAUUGAAGGCGCGUGGAAUGUCAGCGGGAAAUCAGAAAAUGUAUGGGAUCGGUUGACUCACACACGUCCCGAGAUGAUCGCAGACGGUACUAACGGCGACGUGGCAUGUGACUCUUACAACCGGUACCUGGAGGAUGUGGAGGAGCUGGCUUACCUCGGCGUCGACUUCUAUCGUUUCUCGCUUUCCUGGUCUCGCAUCCUGCCUACUGGCCGCGUGGAUCAAAUCAAUCCCGACGGCAUCCGGUACUACAAUGCUUUGCUAGACGCCCUCGCUGAAAACAACAUUGAACCUUUAGUAACGCUGUUCCACUGGGACUUGCCUCAAGCACUCCAAGACCUCGGUGGUUGGGCGAACCCGAAAAUGAUCGACUACUUCCGCGACUACUCCGACGUUUGCUUCAGAGAGUUCGGUCACCGCAUCAAGUCGUGGAUCACGUUCAAUGAGCCUUACGAAAUCUGCGAGGACGCGUACGGUGAUGAAAAGAAAGCCCCCGCCAUUGACAGUCACGGCGUAGGAAAUUAUCUGUGCAGUGAAACACUCCUCAAGGCCCACGCCGAAUCAUAUCACCUCUACAACGAGACCUACAGGCCGAAGCAGGAUGGGAAAAUCAUGAUCUCCAUCAACGCCAUCUGGUAUGAGCCGAGCGAUCCGAGCAAUGCUGAACAAGUCGCCUUAGCUGAAGUCGCCAAUCAAUUUAAAUUCGGAUGGUUCGCUCACCCGAUCUUCACAGAGGAAGGCGGCUUCCCGGCCGUCAUGAUCGAGAACGUCGCCCAGCAAAGCGCGGCCGAGGGCUUGCCCAAAUCCCGCCUCGAACAGUUCGACAACCACUGGAUACAACGCAUCAAGGGAACAUCAGACUUCCUCGGCAUCAACCACUACACGACGCAUCUCAUCACCGGCGCUGGCGUCGACCCCAUCGCUAAGUCUCCCUCCUGGCUCAAGGAUAUCGGAGCAGUGACGUCGAUGGACGUCGGAGGUGAUUCUGCUUCCGAAUGGCUUCGGAUCGUACCGACAGGCUUCGCCAAUCUUCUCAGAUGGUGCAAGAGCUCGUACAAUGACCCGCCCAUCUACAUCACUGAGAACGGCUGCUCGGACCGCGGCACUCUCGAGGACUACGGACGUAUCAAAUACUUUAAUGAUUACCUAACGGAGAUUCUGAACGUGAUUUACGAAGAUGGAGUUAAAGUGUUGGGUUACACGGCGUGGACCUUGAUGGACAACUUCGAAUGGAGAGCUGGAUUCUCUGAACGCUUCGGUCUAUACCACGUGGACAUAACCGACCCGGCGCGGCCGCGCACGCCCAAGCUGUCUGUAGAAUACUUCAAGCAGCUCGUCGCCAACAGAGAACUGCCGCAGGAUGAUCGCUUCAAGGACCCCGCGGUGAGGAAAUCAUAAUGCAUGCGGUGUUGGAUCCAUGGGGUUUGCUGACACGAGGAUUUAUUCACAUAGAAUGUUAAUAAAAAUAAAAUUCUUUUUCUUUCAACAGCAUAAAUCUAAAUCAGAAUUAUGAAUAUAAAAGGAAGAAAAUGAAACAUUUAGUUGAUAUUGAAACAAAU